CAAGCUGGAACGAGUGCAUUUUAAUUUCAUUGGUAGAAUUGGGUUUUCAACUUCCUGUUUAAAAGUCAGUGGUGUCUGUGCUGCCUUUACACAGCGAUGCUCUGCCACUUCUCAGAAUGGUGCCUGGUCUCGCAAAUUGCGCAGUCAGUUGACUACAUUAUUAUUAUUUUUACACCAUUUCAGCAGCUCAAAAGAUUUGAGGCUGAUCCAAAAUCAAAAAGCCAGGUCUUGGUGACAUCCCCGGAGGAGAGGGGUGUGGCUCAUUCAUUGCAGUGCUAUAUCAUCACCAAAGAUCAUUCGCUGUCUGCCAGUCUGAUCAGUCAGGACACAGGAUUAUAAUCUGCAAAGGCUUCAGUCUGCUGAAUGGUCUGCGUUCAUCUCAAAAUGGCUGUUGGUAUUGUCUUAGCUGUUCUGCUGUAUGUUAUUUCAGUAGUUUCAUCAACACACCCAAAGGAGCAAACCGUGGUUGGAAUCAUCGGACAGCCCGUCCUUCUACCCUGUGACCGUUCCACAUUGGCAACUCCUAACUACCCAACAAGAACCAGAAUCUAUUGGCAAGAUUUAACCCUCAGAGUGCUGCAUGUUUUCAAAGAUGGAAACGAGGAGUAUGUACACCAAAACCUUUGGUACAAAAACAGGACAACAAUUAACACGGAUCAGUUGGCUUCUGGAAAUCUGUCACUCCUGCUCAACCCAGUUAAUGUCCGAGACAAUCUCCUGACCUGCGACGUUAUUCUAAUAAUCAAUGACGUAAAUUCUCAAGAGUGUCAAAUCACUGUCAAUGUAGCAGCAAGUUACCAAAAGCCCACAUUAAACUUCACAGACAUGACGCUUGUGUGCACCACCCACGGAGGCUUCCCUGAACACCAGGUGACAUGGAGGACCCAUAACCGUACUCUGGAGCGUCACGAGGCUGUCACCAAGACUACCCAGGAUCCUGGAACAGGAACCUACAACAUCAGCAGCCGAGUGAAUGUGACAGAGGGACAGAAUAUAACCUGCAGUAUCUACAACCCCAUCCUCAAUGAGACCCAGAGUAACUUUAUCGUCAUACCAGCCUCCAAAGUGGAAAACCAUUUACUGAAAUGGAUCCUGGCGACAUUUUGUCCAUUGGUCGUGUUGUUGAUUGCCGUCAUUCUCUGUGUAAAAUACCCCAACCUCAGGAAGUCAUGGAGGAAGAUGAUCCAUUGCUGUCCUGAACCUGAACCUGAACCUGAAACCACUGCACAAGAAGCAGAAAUUGCCGAAUUGAAUCCACAACAGUAGAAAUCAAGUCCCAAGCUUCUCCAGUGGUGAGGAAGACGAGUUACUGCGUUGUUGGUCCAUACGGCUGGACAACAUGAGGACAUUGGUACUGCCGAAAUACUGAGAGCCAUACUGCUACCAGUAAUCUUGCAUGGAAGCUGAUAUGUGAUGCUAGUGAUCUAUGUCCAAUAUCCAGUGUUUAGGUCCAGGUGUUUAUACAAAAUAAUUGACUUAACGUAAGGGGAGAUCAAAUUGAGACGCUAAGAUAUAUGAAACACUUGAAGAAAAGAGCCAGGACACAGACACAACUGUAGACAAAAGGUGUUGUUGAACAGUGAACCUGUCACUGAACCUGCAUGUGUUUGUGUUAUAAUGAAAGUGGUUUUGUCAUAAUGUGUUUUAGUAUUGUCUAUGUGUCCCAACAUAUCACAGACACACAGACAAUGAAGAAAGAAACAAUCGAACCUCAUUCAAACUUAGACAGGUAUGGAUAGAGAUCACAGGUGGUUGGUGGCACCUUAAUUGGGGAGGACGGCCUCGUGGCAAUGGCUGGAGCGAAAUCAGUGGACUGGAAUCAAAUACAUCAAACAUAUGGUUCCAUUCGCUCCGUUCCAGACAUUAUUAUGACAUCAUUAUGAGCCGUCCUCCCCUCAGCAGCCUCCACUGAUAGAGAUUCAGGUUAUUUCUGUAUCUAACUUGCAGGUCUGCCGUUCAUCGCGGUAGUGAAUGUCAUGUCUCACUGUAUUUUACGGCUGAGUGAAUCUUGUCUCACUGUAUUUUACGGCUGAGUGAAUGUCUUGUCUCACUGUAUUUUAUGGCUGAGUGAAUUUCAUGUCUCACUGUAUUUUAUGGCUGAGUGAAUGUCAUGUCUCACUGUAUUUUACGGCUGAGUGAAUCUUGUCUCACUGUAUUUUUACGGCUGAGUGAAUGUCAUGUCUCACUGUAUUUUAUGGCUGAGUGAAUGUCAUGUCUCACUGUAUUUUUACGGCUGAGUGAAUGUCAUGUCUCACUGUAUUUUAUGGCUGAGUGAAUGUCAUGUCUCACUGUAUUUUACGGCUGAGUGAAUGUCAUGUCUCACUGUAUUUUAUGGCUGAGUGAAUGUCUUGUCUCACUGUAUUUUUAUGGCUGAGUGAAUGUCAUGUCUCACUGUAUUUUAUGGCUGAGUGAAUGUCUUGUCUCACUGUAUUUUUAUGGCUGAGUGAAUGUCAUGUCUCACUGUAUUUUAUGGCUGAGUGAAUGUCAUGUCUCACUGUAUUUUAUGGCUGAGUGAAUGUCAUGUCUCACUGUAUUUUUAUGGCUGAGUGAAUCUUGUCUCAUUGAUGGAAGAUGUUACAGUGCCUAUAGAAAGUUGACACUCCCCUAUGAAUUUUUUUUCACAUUCCGUUGCUUUACAAAGCCUGCUCGCCUCUACAGGAUUGGUGGGUCCCCCUCGGAGACGGUUGAGCUAACGUAGGCUAGUGUGAUUAGCAUGAGGUUGUAAGUAACAAGAACAUUUCCCAGGACAGAUCUGAUAUGGGCAGAAAGGUUACAUUAUUGUUUUAUCUAACUGCACUGUCGAAUUACAAAGCCUGCUAGCUAAAAACGUUACCUCACAAUGACAGAUAAACGAUUAUAGAAUAUAGCUGUGAACUACAGAGCGUGGGUCGCUUGGGGGUUACCCUACGGUAGCCCCAGUUAGAUCAGGCUACUCAACGUGUUUUAUAGUUUUUUUAUUUGUUUUGUCUUUUUUUAUUUUUUUGGAGGGGUUUACAGGAACAAUAUAUAUUUCAAUGAAUAUAUUCUGUGUGUAUAACAUGUACCUGUGGGCUGUCAACCAAAAGGAAAAACUGAAGUAAGAAAUACAUAGAAAUGAUCAUAUUGAUCAAGAAAAUAUUUUGUAGAAGUAUAAUUCAUAUUGUAAAUAAACAAAACCUGCAACCCUG